CCGUCCCGGUGUGCCCGGCAGUCUGCGGGCGCUGCGGAGCCGAGCAGGGCCAUGGCGGCGGCCCCGGCGGAGGCGGAGACCCGGCAGCGGCUGCUGCGCACCGUCAAGAAGGAGGUGAAGCAGAUCAUGGAGGAGGCAGUGACGAGGAAGUUUGUGCACGAGGACAGCAGCCACAUCAUCUCCUUCUGCGCUGCCGUGGAAUCCUGUGUCCUGCACGGCCUGAAGCGGAGGGCAGCCGGGUUCCUGCGCAGCAACAAGAUCGCAGCGCUGUUCAUGAGUGGGAAGAGCUUCCCUCUGGCAGAGGAGCUCUGCAAGAAGGUGCAAGACCUGGAGCAGCUCAUUGAGAACGCGCGAAACCAAGUCCAGGGCAUCCCAGAGAACGUGCGCAAGGUGCCGAAGCUGCCCAACCUGUCUCCUCAGGCCAUCAAGCACCUCUGGAUCCGCACAGCACUCUUCGAAAAGGUCUUGGAUAAAAUCGUGCACUACUUGGUAGAGAACAGCAGUAAGUACUAUGAGAAGGAGGCUCUCCUGAUGGAUCCUGUGGAUGGCCCAAUUCUUGCAUCUUUAUUGGUGGGGCCCUGUGCACUGGAGUACACGAAGAUGAAAACCGCUGACCACUUCUGGACAGACCCCUCGGCGGACGAGCUGGUCCAGCGGCACCGGAUCCACAGCUCCCACUGCCGGCAGGACUCGCCCACCAAGCGCCCGGCACUCUGCAUUCAGAAAAGACAUUCCAGUGGCAGCAUGGAUGACCGGCCCUCCCUGUCUGCCAGGGACUACGUGGAGUCACUGCACCAGAAUUCCCGUGCCACGCUCCUCUACGGCAAGAACAACGUCCUGGUGCAGCCGCGAGAUGACAUGGAGGCAAUCCCGGGAUAUCUGUCCCUUCACCAGACCGCCGACAUCAUGGCACUGAAGUGGACCCCGAACCAGCUGAUGAACAGCUCUGUGGGGGACCUGGACUACGAGAAGAGUGUGUACUGGGACUAUGCCAUGACCAUUCGCCUGGAGGAGAUCGUUUAUCUGCACUGCCACCAGCAAGUAGACAGUGGUGGGACAGUGGUCCUGGUGAGCCAGGACGGGAUCCAGAGGCCACCACUGCGGUUCCCCCGAGGAGGCCACUUGCUGCAGUUCCUGUCCUGCCUGGAGAACGGCCUCCUGCCCCAUGGGCAGCUGGACCCACCCCUCUGGUCACAGCGGGGGAAGGGCAAAGUGUUUCCCAAGCUGAGGAAGCGAAGCCCCCAGGGCUCCUCCGAGUCCGCGUCCGACAAGGAGGAUGACGAAGCCACAGAUUAUGUGUUCAGGAUAAUAUACCCCGGGACGCAGGCUGAGUUUGUGCCCCAGGACCUGAUGGAUGGGCCGGGGGCUGUCCUGCCCCCCAUGUGGCAGCCCAGCACCCGCAAGUCCUCCUGCUCCUCCUGCUCCCAGAGCGGCUCCUCGGACGGGGGCCCUGCCAACGGCUGCAGCCACGAGAGAGCUCCGCUGAAGCUCCUGUGUGACAACAUGAAGUACCAAAUCCUCUCCCGGGCCUUCUAUGGCUGGCUGGCCUAUUGCAGACACCUGUCCACGGUGAGAACCCACCUGUCUGCGCUGGUGAACCACAACAUCGUGUCCUCUGAUGUCCCCUGCAGUGCCAGCUCGGGGCUGACUGUGGACAUCUGGCAGAGAUAUUUGCAGGACAGCACGAGUUACGAGGACCAGGAGUUGCUGCGGCUGAUCUACUAUGGUGGGAUCCAGCACGAGAUCAGGAAGGCUGUCUGGCCCUUCCUGCUGGGCCAUUACCAAUUUGGGAUGACAGAGGCGGAGAGAAAGGAGGCUGACGAGCAGACCCGUGCCUGCUACGAGCACACGAUGGCAGAGUGGCUGGGCUGCGAGGCCAUCGUCCGGCAGCGCGAGAAGGAGUCACACGCGGCUGCACUGGCCAAGUGCUCCUCGGGGGCCAGCCUGGACUCCCACAUCCAGAGGAUGAUGCACAGGGACUCGACCAUCAGCAACGAGUCCUCCCAGAGCUGCAGCUCCGGCCGACAGAACCACGCCCGGCUGCAGAGCGACUCCAGCUCCAGCACCCAGGUGUUUGAAUCUGUGGAUGAAGUGGAACAGACUGAAGUAGAUGCUCAGCUGGAAGAUGGCAAACAAAGCAAGGUCCCCAAUGGGACAGUUCCCAAUGGCACUUGUUCCCCUGACUCUGGCCACCCCUCUUCCCAAAACUUCUCCAUCACAUCAGGGUUCUCAGAGCGCAGCUUCAGCAAUGAGGACAGUGCCCUGGAAACCAACAAAUCCUCAUCCAGCUCCCAGGGAAAGGCUGGUGGGUCCGAUGUGCCAGCCCCAGCAGACACAGAUGGUGUCCAGCAGGAGAAGCUGCAGGGCCAAGACAGCCUGGAAGGUGAAUUUCCCAGCGUUGGAAGUGUGGACUUUGUUCCCGUGGGUGAGGGCCCGGCGGGGGCUCUGUGUGACACCGUGGCCCUGACUGUGGUGGAGAGCUGGGCAGACAGUGAGGCUGAGAAGCAGAGCUUGGUGGAGAGUGAGGACAACCUCUCUGAGGAGCCAGAGAUGGAGAGUCUGUACCCCCAGCUGGAUUCUCUGGCUGUGGCUGUGACUGAUCUGACCAACAGUGAAACAUCUGCUCUCUCCUCCACAGGUGUCACCUACUCUCCAGAGCUGCUGGACAUGUACACAGUGAACCUGCACCGCAUCGAGAAGGACGUGCAGCGCUGUGACCGCAACUACUGGUACUUCACCCCCAACCUGGAGAAGCUCCGCAACGUCAUGUGCAGCUACAUCUGGCAGCACAUUGAGAUUGGCUAUGUGCAGGGGAUGUGUGACCUGCUGGCCCCUCUCCUGGUCAUCCUGGAUGAUGAGGCUCUGGCUUUCAGCUGUUUCACCGAGCUGAUGAAGAGGAUGAAUCAGAACUUCCCCCACGGAGGAGCCAUGGACACCCACUUUGCCAACAUGAGGUCGCUGAUCCAGAUUCUGGACUCUGAGCUCUUUGAGCUGAUGCACCAGAAUGGGGAUUACACUCAUUUCUACUUCUGCUACCGAUGGUUUCUCCUGGACUUCAAGAGAGAGCUGGUGUACGACGACGUGUUCUCCGUCUGGGAGACCAUCUGGGCCGCCGCGCGCGUCUCCUCUGCUCACUACGUGCUCUUCAUAGCCCUGGCCCUGGUGGAGAUGUACCGGGACAUCAUCCUGGAGAACAACAUGGAUUUCACAGACAUCAUCAAGUUUUUCAACGAAAUGGCCGAGCGACACAACACCAAGCAGAUCCUGAAGCUGGCUCGGGACCUUGUCUACAAAGUGCAGACUCUGAUCGAGAACAAAUGAAGGACACGGGGCAGACGAGGCAUCCAAAGAGCCAGGACUCCCCUCCGAUGCUUCCUCCCUUCUCCUCUUUCUCCAAGUGCCACACCUGUGGAACUCAGGCAGUGGGACACGUGCUGCUGGCUGAGCUGGGAGUACCCUCAGCUCCCCAAGUGCUGUGCCAGGGGCUCCAGCUCAGACCUUCUGCAGUGACUCAACCAAAGAUCCAUCCAGGUGUGUGUUACCCAUCGGGAGCAGGACCAGGCAGUCACUUCCUGGCCUUGCUGCAGCAGAAGGGCAGCAGGUUUGUGCCCACCACAAUUGCCCAGGCAUUGCCAGCAUCCCAGGGCAGAGUUUGGGGGCUGGGAGAAGCAGAACUCCACAUCCUUUGUUGCCCAGACAUAAAGCUGCUUCCUUGGGGCCAUUCCUGGCGGUGAGAAGGCAGCCAGUCUGUGAGCCCAGACAGCACAGGGAUGCUGCCAUUCCUCAGCUUCUUACCAACAUGAUGAGGUUCUGCCAGUAACAGGGGGGACUUUGAUCACAGAAAUUCCUCUUUUGAUCUUGUCCCUUGAUGCGUUGCAUCCCCUUCAGUAUUUUAUUUUCUAAGGCUCUGUUUUGUCCCUGGGAUUUUACAUCAGUUCCUACAAUAUCUGAGCACACAAGAGUUUCAUCUCUAGAUGGAUUUUCAGAACAGCUCCAAAUUCAGCACUGGGUUUGUUUGUUGGGGUUUUUUUUUUUCAAAACCCAGCCUCUGUAACCCUUUCUGAAUACUGGGAAAUCUGGUCCUGACCUCCUUUGGGAACUCUUGGCUGGAGGUUUUCUUACCUGCCUUACUUUAGCUGCUUGUGGUAGAAGUCCGGUCUCCCUGUCAUUCCUUUGCAGCCCCUGUGAGGGGAGGGCUCCUCAGAAGGCAAGUCAGAGCUCCUGAUUAUCUUGGCUUUUCCCUCUGAUGGUGCCUGUCUUCUCCUCUGUCCAUUAAGACCAGCUGCUCAAAGCUCGACAGGGCAAACAAUCUCCUUGGUGCCUGUGGGUUUUCUGUGUGCUGCCAAGCCCCCUAAGCCCACAAAAAGUCUCCAGUUAGGUCUUGGUGGGCUUUUCCCACAUGUCUAUGAAGAGAAGAAUAGCCCAAGGUCUCUGAGUGGUCUUUGCUUUGGGAAGAUGCACUUGUGUGGCCACUUUUCCUGCAGUGACUCCAGUGUUGGAGCCUGGAGCCCACUGCAUGAAGUGCCUCUCAGCUGCUGUGUCCUCAGCUCUGCGGAGGGGUCGGAGUCAUUUUUCAACUCAGGUAAAAACAAAACAGGAAAAGGAGAGGUGUGGGUGGUUGGAGGGUCCUGCCCAGAUUGCGGGGUGCUGUGCCAUGGCCACAGGGCAGGCACUGGGUUGGAGCCCUCUUUCUCUAAGGGUACUUUCUCUCAAGUUUUGCUGCAAAAAUUUGUGUUCUCCCCUCUGUGCAAUGUGUGAUGUGUGUGUGCUCUCCUCCACUCCUCUGCAAGGGAAGACCCUGCUCCUGCCUUGCUGCUGGAGUGCUGCCCACGGAAGGGAAAGGGCCUUUCCCUUCUCCCGUGGAACAUCUGUCUGUGCUGUUUUGUGUUGGCUCGUGGCAUGUGUCAGAUGUUGCUUGCAGAAAACAGAUGUCAAUCUGCACAAGAGAAAACUGCUGCUUCAGGGAGGCUCUGUGGAGCGUGGUGAAGUGGUUUGCUGCUUGAGCAAAUCGGGUGGAAAAAUGAGCACUUUCUGUAUGCUGGGACAUGGAUGUCACAGCUGGAAAAGGCAGGGAGAGUAGCACAUCCUGAACCUUUGGGGGAAGAGCCUCUGGCAAGGGGGAGAGCAAGGGGCAGCCCUUUGCUCCUCAUAAUCCCAACAGAUGUGAACAAUGAUUUAGGAAAUUCCUUGCAGGAGUUUCCUGCAGUAAAUCCCCAAAGAGUGCUGUCUGUAGUAGUUCAGGAAACAAAGAGCUUCAUAUCUGCCAGUUCCUCUGUAGAAUCUUCCAUCUUGCCACCAAGCAGAGAAAAAAACUCCUGCCCUCCCUCCAUCCCAGGCUGCUUCUGUUCCCUCAAGGUUCUAGGACAGGUAAAUGCCUGUGUCACCUGUCCAGAGGGGAAGGGAAGUGCUCUGCCCUCCUCUUCCUGAGGGACAGGAACCCACAGGUCUCCUGAAACACAGUCUGACCAAGCAACAGCUCUUACAACUUUCAAGCUUCUUUCCUUGGUUUUUAAACAAAAACAGCCAAGAAAUUCUGCACAAUAUUUGCUGUCUGUAUUAACUGAGAGUGUCUUUGGGCCGCUCAAUAGCAGUGUUUUUUGAAUAAUUUUUUUUGGGGGAAAAAGUAUUUAUUUAUUGGUUGUACCUGACUGUGUGUCCUUGUGUGCUGGCGUGUGAGUGUGUGCUGUCGUGCAAAUGGAGAUAGACAUUUUCAGUGUUCUUUACAAUAUCUUGUACAUGUUUACCAGAGAAUCGUGUCUAUAUAUAAUAUAUAUAUACAGUAUAGAGAGAAAAUAUGUGAAUUAAGUGGGUUAUUUUUUGAGGGAGGGGGUGAGAAAUCUUUUGCUUCUAAGAACUGUGUGGUUUCUAUAGCACCUAUUCCAUGAUGUGCCAGUCUGAUGCUGGGAGAGUUGUGGUGGUGGUGGGGCAACAGGAAGCUCAGAGCAGAACCACCAUCAUGACCUCAGUUUGGCUUCAUCUUAGUUCUGACUUUAUAACUGGAAAAGAAGAAAAAAAAGGAGGAAAAAAGGUCUGGUGCUGAGUGUGCAGGAGAUGCUCCGCUUGAGCUGUGUGGGGUCUUGUGUCUUGCCUGGGGAUUUGCUGGGUUAGAACAGUUGCAGAGCAGGGGUUUGGUGUGCUGUAGAGAAAUUGGAUAGUCCAAAGAGGAGUCUGUCAUUUAAUUUGGGACUAAAAGUGCCUGGCCACCCUGUUUGGGUAGGGAGGGAGUGUCCCUGGCCCAUGCAGAGCACUGGAGCUGACUCCUCACCAGCCCCUGCUGCAGGCAGAGCCCUGUGUGCUGCUCCACCCCAAUCCCUACAAACAUCAGGGAAGCCAUCUGCUCACUAAUAUUCCUGUGAGCACUUGAGUCUGAACCUGGAGGUCCAGCUUUGUGUUCCCAGGAGGUCAGAAUCAGAAUCAAGCUGUGACAAUCCCUGUGCUCUGGCCCCAUCCAUGCCUGGUCCCAGCUCUGCUUUGGGCGUCUUUCCCAAGGCUCAGUGGGGGCAGCUGUGCUGGGCCCUCCAGGGCAGGUUCUUGUGCUUGUGGAGACCCACAGCGAGGCACCCCCAGGUUUGGGGCUCUGAUGGCUAUAUGCUCCUAAAAUGGAAACCAAGGGUUUGUUGUGCAGCUCUUUGGGGGCCUUCUCCGGCCCAGCCUCUCCUGCGUGGCUCUGCCCCCAAGCUAGACCACCCUGAGAUAAAGCCUUGUCCUGGCGUUCCCACAGUGGGAAUCGUGGCCUUGGAAUCCAGCGUGGAUCUCUCCCAGCUGUGCAGCCAUGGAGGAGAAGCCUGCCACCAGGGAAUGUUUGUCCAUAUACAGCAAUCUUGUCUGGCUCCUUGGGGGAGAGGAAUGUCUCACCCCAGCAGCUCUGCGCAGCUGAGCCCCCCCCUGCAAUGGCACUGUGAGCUGGGGACUAUCUUUAGCCUGUUGUUGGUUCUGUGGGACCAGGGACUGGAGCUGCUGUGCCUUAAACUGACAGAGGGCAGGGUUAAAUUGGAUUUUAGGAAGAAAUUCUUCCCAGUGAGGGUGGUGAGGCCCUGGCACAGGUUAUCCAGAGAAGUUGUGGCUGCCCCACCCCUGGAAGUGUCCGAGGCCAGGUUAGACAGGGCUUGGAGCAACCUGGUCUAGUGGAAGGUGUCCCUGCCCACGGCAGGGGGUUGGAAUGAGAUGAGCUGUAAGCUGCUUUCCAACCCAAACCAUUCCAUGCUUUCUGAUGAGACUGCUGCAUUCUUUCCUGGGGCGCAGCAAGGUUUGCAUCCCACUUCUUGCCAGCCCUGUUCUCUGCUCUGGGUCGCUCCAGAGCUGAACCUGAGGAAGGAUGUGCUCCACAGGCUGAGCUGUUCAGCUCCCAUCACACCUCGCUGAGCAUCUGCAGAGCUGUGGGGUUUGGGGUUUAUCUCAUGCUCGAGCUGCUCAGCGCAGAUAAUCUUGGUGUGUUUAAAUCCAGUGAAUGUUUGUGUCCUGGCCUCUCAUCCCCCUGAGGGAGUGACUAAUGGAUUCUCUGCCUGCGUUUGAGCUUUCUGCUGAUGCAACCUUCCAACAAGCUCCUGGUACCCAUCUCUUCUGGUGUUAACUCAUGCAGACCCUUUAGAAAUUGUCUUUGUUCCUAAAACGUGUGAUUUUUCUAGGAGUUUUUCUCUUGCUGUGUUGAGUCUCUGAGUUACUUUGCUGUGAACAUUUUUCGUGAGGACUGAGAGGGUUUUUUGAAUGGCAAAUUCUUGCUGCCUCCCUGCCCUGCUCUCAGCCAGCCCCUGACAUGGUGAACAUCCCUUAGCUUAUCCAAAUGCACCUUGUAGUGCAACUGGAGCCAGCAGUGGAACUGCAGGUGUCAACCAUUGUCUUAUUUUUCACUCUAUUUGGGAUUUUCCCCCAGUACCGAGCAGUUCUGGGCUUGUCUUCAGCAUUUUACUAUUGUAUGAGCACAAGUUGAUAGAGAAAGAGCACAAUGUAGAGAUGGAGUGACAGCUUUUUAGCACUGUGGAAGGGCUGGAACUCAGCAGAAGCUGUGUCAGAAAUUCCUGUAAAAGUUUUUUCAGACACCCUGAAGUAGAUCAAAUGUUCCUCUAAUCACACUCACGGUCAAUACACUCGUUGCCUGCCCCAAAUAAUCCUAUUUCACUGAUUAAGGCACCUGAAUUGUCGUGAUCCCCAGUGACACCAUGCUUCUGUUCUCUGAUGGCCACGUGGGCCACAGUUGAGGUCGUUCCAGUGCUGUUUACACAGCUCAGUGUGUGGGUUCCUUUUGAACUUUGCCCGAAUUCUGAACUUCCCAGAGAAUGUUGACUGUUGGAAUAGCCAUGGAAGCCUUCUAAUGUGUCUAAUUUUAGAUUAAUGAUACCUUAAGUUCCUGUUUGGUAGUUUAAUAACUUCCUUUUAUGAAUGGAUUUUGCACAUGAAGGCUGAGCAGAGCCCAGAUAGGGCUGCAGGUGAUGGUCCCUUCUCCACGGUGGCUCCUGAGCCAUAAGCAGUAGGACAUGACUAGGAGCAAGGGUACUUUGCAUCAGCUCUUUGGUAAUGGGGAAAAAGCACCAUUUAACCUUUUAUUUUAGGUAAUUUAUUUUUUUAAUCAUAGCUAAAAUUUAAACUAUGCACAAGAUCUUAAAAACAUGAAAGUUUUAGGAAGGGGUGUGGCUUUGCUGCUAAGGACGAUAAAGAACUGAAAAUUCUGAUCCUGGAUACUGAGAGAAUAAAGAUUUCAUUGUCAUGGCUAUGUAAGAUUGACUUAAGUUCUCAGAAAUUCAGUCUUUCCUUGGAGAGUAAUUCCCAGGAGCCAGGUAAGGAGAAUGUGUUUUCCCAAACAGAAUUAAUGAAAAUUUUUGUUGAAAAUCCAACAACCUCAGACCCAUGAUUGUCACUUCCCUCAUGCACGGAGUGUUCUGGAGAGCUGGGCAGGAUGAGUGGGUGCCACAGCCAUCGCAGGGGGACAUGCACCAUCCCAGGCUCCGUGGGACAGGGAAUUGCCCCUCAGUGCAGGGAUUUGAAUGUAUCUGAUGUCCUGGCAUUAGACUUUUCUGUUGCCCUACACCGAAUUGCUGCUUUUCUCUGUUUUGAUGCCAUUUUGGUCUCUGGGAGUUGCUCUAUCUGAGCUUAACGAGCACUUACAGCUUUUAAUCUCUUUGUAGAAGUGCUGCUAAUGUUCUUAGAUUAUCUGAAUUCCACACUGUGGUAUAAUAUCUGUUUUAUAUUACUUUAUUCAUGCUUUUGUUUUUUUAUGUACACUGUUCCUUAUUGUUGUUCAGAAAGAAAAAUUAAAGCUCUAUGCUCUAUGGUUAAUGUAUUUUCCAAUCAAUAA